CCGACACUGGUGAUUAGCUUGACGGCAGUCUUUGCUCACACGUGUUGUCAUCGCAUGGAAGUCCCUCGGAGUAAAUAGCCACAGCUAGCCGAUCAAAUUUAGGACUUGAAGAGAAAAAAAUGUCUUUCAGAGGAGGUGGUGGACGAGGUGGACGAGGUGGUGGUGGUGGAAGAGGUGGAGGCUUUCACCGAGGUGGAGGAGGCAGAGGUGGCGGAGGAUUUGGACGGGGUGGUGGCAGAGGUGGUUUCAACAGACAGCAAGACUACGGUCCACCAGACCAUGUUGUUGCACUGGGAGAAUUCAUGCAUCCAUGUGAAGAUGACAUUGUGUGUAAGUGCACAACAGAAGAAAAUAAAGUUCCCUACUUUAAUGCGCCAGUGUACUUGGAAAACAAGGAGCAGAUCGGGAAGGUGGAUGAGAUAUUCGGCCAGCUGCGGGACUUUUAUUUCUCAGUCAAACUUUCUGAAAAUAUGAAGGCAUCUUCAUUUAAGAAACUGCAGAAGUUUUAUAUAGAUCCAAUGAAGCUCCUACCGCUGCAGAGAUUCCUCCCCAGGCCACCAGGAGAGAAAGGGCCGCCAAGAGGAGGCCGAGGUGGGGGUAGAGGUGGAGGAAGAGGUGGUGGUCGCGGCGGAGGUGGAUUUCGAGGUGGCAGGGGCGGAGGUGGACGUGGUGGAGGAUUUGGAGGUGGUGGACGUGGUGGAGGAGGAUUCAGAGGAGGAAGAGGGGGUGGUGGCGGACGUGGAUUCAGAGGUGGGAGAUGAUCUGACAGUGCUGGUCUGGUGUGAUCUUUUCAUUCCUGUCUGCACCAGCAGAGAGGCUGCAUUUCAUGCCAGUGUCUGGCCUGUUGGAUUCACAACAUGGACUAUGCCUCUAUUUGCAAAACUUGAGUGAAUCUUCUCAUUUUGUUUUAUUUUUGUACCAGUUUUGAAGGUGUGAUGAAUCUUCAUGAUUUUUAUUUAAAAGGUGUAACAUAGUGGGGACCUUUUCCAGCCUGUUGUGAAGGGUCACAGGCUCCCUUUGUGAACAGGCACAUCAUUAUCCUGUGCUGAUUGUGUUAGAAUGUUUGGCCAUGACAUAUGUUUGUGCUUUUGAUAAAAAUUUCAAGAUAUUUUCACAAACUUCCAUGCAUUACAUUUGUCAAAUGUGGGAAAAUGUGUAGGAAAUCAGAUUAUUCAGUGUCAGUUAAAAAAUUUUAACACUCAUUUGUAGAAUCUUAAGCCAAAUAUUGUCACAUUUUUGUAAAAGGCCUUGAUUAAAAGGUGCUUUGUAA